AUGUCUUCUCAAUUAGCCGCCCAUCAAGCUCUCUCCCAAGCGACCUCGAUCGCGGAGGGAGACGAACACGAACUCCAAACCAUCCCUUCUAUUUCCGCACCAGCCUCCUCGACCACGCAAGAAGUUAUUCCGAGCGCGGGUCCAGACAUUGUCCCGUCGACGGAUGAAGGGACCAUCGAAGGCUGCCCGCUGCUCCCUUCAACCAGUCCCGGUCCUACUCCGCAAAGCCUCAGUGUUGCCUCCGUCUCCCCUUCCUCUUCCACUCAAAGUUGUUGGCGUACCAUAGAACGAUGGUGGCGCAACUCGUGGGCACCUGAGACUUUUUGCCUCGCCCUCGUCUUGGUCUCGCUUACCGCAAUAUGCGUUGUAUUGUGGAAGACUCAGGGUAAGCCACGACCGCAGUGGCCGAUGGGAAUCUCGGUGAAUGCUCUGAUUGCGGUCUUCGUGGUACUUUUAAAAGCAGGUAUCUCUUUGCCAGUCUCCGAAGGGUUGAGCCAGUUGAAAUGGCAGUUAGUCAGUACCGGCUCAAGGCAAUUAUUCGACAUUCAAGAUUACGAUUCUGCAAGUAGAGGCGCGUGGGGAUCUCUUCAGUUCCUUCUCAAGCCAGACACACUCGCUUUCGAUGGCAGUGGCAUCGUCUUGUUCAAGCCCUGGACUUGGAGGCCAAUCCUCCAGCUUUUGAAGCUGCAAAGAGAAAAUUUUAUCCGUUACUUUGCAAAGGUUGCGGCCUUCAUCACCGUCCUAGCCUUCAUCGCCGACCCUUUCCCGCAACAGCUCGUCGAGUACGUGGAUUGUGCAAUCGACAGCCCCAGCAUGGCAGCAACCGUGUCUAGAGCCACCAUUCACCAUAGAACAGGGGGGCACGUGCAUACUAGCACGAGCGUGUUCUUACCAGAACUCGCCGUCGCCAUCACAGUCGGGACGACCUUCCCACCUAAGAACACACACUCGUUAGUCAACACGAACUGUCCGUCCAACAAUUGCACCUUUCCGAGAUUUGAAACGCUGGGGAUAUGCCACACGUGUGAGGAUAUCUCUGGUGAAAUCCAGACAUUUCGCGACCCUACCACGCUUGACCACCCAGAAAUUUAUUUCUACAACCAUAUGUUAGUUGAUCAAAGGAACCAAACGUAUCUUUGGGCUGACGACCGACUUUAUCCCUUAAAUACUACUGCUUAUGGAGGGGGACCAAAUGACACGUUCCACUUGAAGGUGCUUAAGGCCAGCGGCCGUGGAAAAAGCAAGCCGGUCGCAUUUGAUUGUGAGUUAUACCCGUGUGUCAAGGAAUACAAUUCCUCAAUAAAGAAUGCCGUACUCACCGAGGAACUCAUCACCACGACACGGAUUCCAUGGAGCGGUACCGCACCAGGCGACUUUGAACUCGCCGCGAAGCGUACUCUGCGCGAUGGUGUCUGGGAAGACUGUGCAGUUGACCCGUCCACCAACUUUCUCCCCGAGGAUUGCCUGUGGUCCAUUUCGAUCGUGGAUGAUCUUGUAGCAAAUCUGGCGGAACCAUUAGGAGGGCAAUAUAUGACCUGGGCUGUUAGUGCUCUGGCUGGUUCGACUGUGGCGCGGAAGCUCUGGAACAACGAUUCCACGAGCAUCGACUCCCUCAACGCCUAUUUUGGUGAUUUAGCCGACGUGCUUACAGCGACGAUCAGAAACACGGGCAACAAAAACAUGAGCUCUCCGGGCUCGGAGUAUCCUGUCCCUAUACGUGGGAUGGCACAAGUCUUGGAGACGUGUAUAGAUGUGCGCUGGAAGUGGCUCUCGUUUUUAACUAUGAUAUCGGGAUUCACGUUGCUGUUCUGGUUGUCCUUCUGGUGCUAUUACAGGGCGGCGUCCAGGUAUCCGAUGUGGAAAUCGUCGAGUCUCGCCCUCCUGUUUUGCUCGUUGGAUGACCAGAUCAAGGACCUGGUCAAAGGCUAUCCGACACGGGAUGCCAUGUUUGAGGCGUCGAAGAGGACGGCUGUGCGGCUUGUGCCAGAUAAUAUCGGCAAAGCCUCGUUGGAGAGGGUAUUGUAA